AUGGGCAUUCGCAGAGCUCGCCGGUUCCUCUUCCUGGCCGCCGCCGCAGUCGCCGUUCUGCUGCUCCACGCGCCGCCGCCCGUUUCGUGCGCCGACAUCUACGCGCUCAUCUACAAGGGCUGCGCCAACCAGAGCUUCCCCGGCGGGGUGGCGCCCGCGAGCAUCGCCGCCCUCUCCGCCACGCUCUCGGCGCAGUCCGCCUCCGCCAAGUUCUACAAGACCUCCUCUUCCUCGGCCUCCACGGCCACCGCCACCUCCGUCUUCGGCCUCUUCCAGUGCCGCGGGGACCUCUCGGCCACCGACUGCGCCGCCUGCGUCUCCCGCGCCACGUCCUCCUGGCCGGGCGUCUGCGGCGCCUCCGUCGCCGCGCGGGUCCAGCUCGCCGGCUGCCUCGCGCUCUACGAGGUGUCCGGCUUCCCCCAGGUCUCCGGCAUCCAGAUGCUCUUCAAGACCUGCGGCACGGGCGGCGGCGGCGGCGGGGGCGACUUCGAGAUGCGCAGGGACACCGCCUUCGCCGCGCUCGAGGGCGGCGUCGCCACCAGCUCCGGCGGCUUCGUCGCCACCAGCUACCAGGCCGUCUACGCCAUGGCGCAGUGCGAGGGCGACCUCUCCACGGGGGACUGCAGCCAGUGCGUCACCCAGGCCGUGCAGCACGUCGAGGUCGAGUGCGGCGGCGCGCCCUCCGGACAGGUCUACCUCGACAAGUGCUACAUUAGCUACAGCUACUACCCCCACGGCGUGCCCCACGGCGGCGGCGCGGGAGGGCAGCAGACAGCAAAGACUGUAGCCAUUGUGCUCGGGGGAGCUGUAGGCCUGGGUUUCGUGGUCAUCUGCUUGCUUUUCGCCAGGAGCCUGGUCAAGAAGAAGGAUGGUGGUGACUGGGGAGUGGAAUACAGAGGGGGUGUUUUUUGGCUCUUCUUCCUCUGGCCAUGUGAGGGUGCCACCCCUCCAUGA